AUGUUGCAAAGCUACGCUUUUGCCAUCCUCUUUGCGCUUUUACGAGUUGGGCAGUCGGUGUUUCCGGUUCCAGACAAAGCCCGAGAAGCGGACCGGUCAUAUUGGAGCGACCUGGCGAAAGAGGAGCUCCAUCGGCGACUUGCUCAAGUACCCAACACUCAAAAGGCCAAGAACGUUGUCAUCUUCUUGGGCGACGGCAUGGGCAUCUCGACCGUCACCGCAGCCCGAAUAUACAAAGGCCAGAAAGUAAACUGCGCCAGCGGAGAGGAAUCGGUCCUCGCUUGGGAGAACUUUCCGUACGCCUCGCUGUCGAAAACGUACGGCCUGGACGCGCAGACUUCGGACUCUGCGAACACGGCAACGGCUUACCUGUGCGGCGUCAAGGCCAACAUCAAUACUCUCGGCGUGGACUCUUCCAUUAAGGCGGGGAUGUGCCACAGUAACAAAACUACCCACCUGCCGAGUAUCAUGAAGUGGGCGCAGGACUCGGGAAAGUGGACCGGUGUGGUGACAACCACGCGCGUGACGGAGGCGACACCUGCUGCCGCCUACGCGCAUUCGGGUCACCGUUACUGGACGUCUAAGGUUCCCAAGGGCUGCGAGGCGGAGGACAUCGCUUACCAGCUGGUACAUCAGGAGCCUGGAUCCAAGCUCAGGGUGGUUAUGGGAGGAGGGAGAGACUCCUUUCUGAAUAGGACGUCGAAGGGCGAACGUGGAUAUAGAGUGGACGGGCGAAACUUAACCGAUGAUUGGGUGACAAAGAAAAAAUCAACAGGCAGAUACGUCAAAACUAGGGAGGAGCUGCUGCGAAUCGACACUAACGAAACAGAUUAUAUCUUGGGCCUCUUCAGUCAAGACAGCAUGGCGUAUGUUGUAAAUCGAACCCUCCCCAGCGCACAGCAACCUAGCCUGGAGGAAAUGACCAGCAAAGCGUUGGACCUCCUCACAAGGUCACCGUCUGGUUUUGUUCUCCUUGUUGAAGGAGGACGCAUUGACCACGCUCACCACGACACCAGGGCCUAUCUUGCCCUUGAAGAGACACUGGAGUUUGAAAGAACCGUGAAUGAAACGGUCAGGCGCCUGGGCACCAAGGACACGCUCAUCGUUGUAACUGCCGAUCAUUCGCACACUAUGACUAUCUCAGGAUACGCCGAGAGAGGAAACAACAUCUUAGGAAUUGCCGGGUAUUCAGGAAAGGGACCAAAUCUGGCUUACACCACUCUCUCGUACGCCAACGGACCAAAGGGUGCACAAGAGCUGAAAAAUUUAACGGAAGAGGAAACAACGUCCGUCGACUUCGUUCAGCCAGCUACCUUUUUUAGACGUAGCGAGACCCACGGGGGCGAAGACGUUGCAGUGUACGCGGAGGGCCCUUGGGCGCACCUAUUCUCUGGAGUGCACGACCAGACCUUCAUCCCUUACGUGCUCUCCUUUGCCAGCUGCAUUGGAGAGUUUUCUGGAAACAAUUGCAAUGUAACGAAGAAGUAA